AUGGAUGCCCUCGUCAGCCAGAUUCAGGAUCUGUUUGAAGGCCAAAUAGAUUUCAAGGGCCAACGAAUCGCCGAGAGCAUUUCUACCGUGUUGUUGACCAUCACUUCGGUCAUCGCACUCAUUAUUGGAUUCGUUCAACAAGAUAUCUAUUUGACUUUGUGGGUCGGACUACUAGGCACAUUGCUUGCCAUGCUUGUAGUGGUCCCAGCCUGGCCUUUCUAUAACCAGAAUCCCCAACCCUGGGUCGGCUCCAAUGCUGCAUUACUGUCUGGGGGAAUCGUGGUGGGAGGAGGGAAAGCACCA